GGACUCUAAACUCUUUAGGGAAAUCUUGAGGCUGUGGAAGCCCAGUGGUCCAGAUCUCGGUUCCUGCAUCUCCAGACAUGGCGACCUAGGGGAAGGGGAAGACCAAUUUUUUCUCCUCUUUUGGGACGGUUUGUGUCUAGUAGUACCUGUGCCCCUGGGCAGCUUGGAGAGAAGAGGGGCGACUGGAGAAUCGUCAUUUGAGAACCAGAGGAGAAAAGAAAACGCAACGUUAAUUCUAGAAGGCCUCCCGUCCCUGCCUGCUCUGGGUGCUCAUGGAACCAGCUGCUGCCCUACACUUCUCCCUGCCAGCCUCCCUCCUCCUCCUCCUCCUUCUCCGACUGUGUGCACUGGUCUCAGCCCAGUUUAUUGUGGUAGGGCCAACUGAUUCCAUCCUGGCCACGGUUGGAGAAGACACUACGUUACGCUGCCAUCUGUCACCCGAGAAAAAUGCUGAGGACAUGGAGGUGCGGUGGUUCCGGUCUCAGUUCUUCCCCGCAGUGUUUGUGUAUAAGGGUGGGAGAGAGAGGACAGAGGAGCAGAUGGAGGAGUACCGAGGAAGAACCACCUUUGUGAGCAAAGACAUCAGCAGGGGCAGCGUGGCCCUGGUCAUACACAACAUCACAGCUCAGGAGAACGGCACCUACCGCUGUUACUUCCAAGAAGGCAGGUCCUACGAUGAGGCCAUCCUGCACCUCGUGGUGGCAGGACUGGGCUCUAAGCCCCUCAUUGAAAUGAGGGGCCAUGAGGACGGGGGCAUCCGGCUGGAGUGCAUAUCUAGAGGGUGGUACCCAAAGCCCCUCACAGUGUGGAGGGACCCCUAUGGUAGGGUUGUGCCUGCCCUGAAGGAGGUCUCCACCCCUGCCGCAGACGGCCUUUUCAUGGUCACCACAGCUGUGAUCAUCAGAGAUAAGUCGAUGAGGAACAUGUCCUGCUCUAUCAAUGACACCUUGCUCGGCCAGAAGAAAGAAAGUGUCAUUUUUAUUCCAGAAUCCUUUAUGCCCAGCGUGUCUCCCUGUGUGGUGGCCCUGCCUAUCAUUGUGGUCUUUCUGAUGAUAAUCAUUGCUGUAUGCAUCUACUGGAUCAACAGACUCCGAAAGGAAAAAAAGAUUCUGUCAGGGGAAAAAGAGUUUGAACUGGAAACAAGAGAAAUUGCUGUAAAGGAACUGGAGAAGGAACGUGUGCAAAGAGAGAAAGAACUUCAAGUACAAGAGCAACUUCAAGAAGAAUUGCGAUGGAGAAGAACAGUCUUACAUGCUGUUGAUGUGGUCCUGGAUCCAGACACCGCUCAUCCUGAUCUCUUGCUGUCAGAGGACCGGAGAAGUGUGCGAAGGUGCCCCCUCAGGCACCUAGGGGAGAGCGUGCCUGACAACCCAGAGAGAUUCGACAGUGAGCCUUGUGUCCUGGGCCGGGAGAGCUUUGCUUCAGGAAAACAUUACUGGGAGGUGGAGGUGGAAAACGUGAUUGAGUGGACUGUGGGGGUCUGCAGAGACAGUGUUCAGAGGAAAGGGGAGGUCCUGCUGAUUCCUCAGAAUGGCUUCUGGACCCUGGAGAUGUUUGGAAACCAAUACCGGGCCCUGUCCUCCCCUGAUAGGAUUCUCCCUUUGAAGGAGUCCCUUUGCCGGGUGGGUGUCUUCCUGGACUAUGAAGCAGGAGAUGUCUCCUUCUACAACAUGAGGGACAGAUCGCACAUCUACACAUGUCCCCGUUCAGCCUUUUCUGUGCCUGUGAGGCCCUUCUUCAGGAUAGGGUCUGAUGACAGCCCCAUCUUCAUCUGUCCUGCACUCAUAGGAGCCAGUGGGGUCACAGUGCCUGAAGAGGGUCUGACACUUCACAGAGUGGGGACCAAUCAGAGCCUGUAGAAUCAAUUCGCUGGUCUCACAGCCAUGCAGAUAAGCCCUGGUCAUCUCAGCAGCCACUGCACAAUGUUGUUGGUGGAAGACACGCCCUCCUCCCCUCUGGUCACAUAAGAGAACAGCUUCCAGCUGCCUCUUUCACACCCACUCCAGCCCUCAGCCCCAGUUUUCUCCUCCUCACUAGGCUGUGGCUUUAGUAGUUCCUUUGCUUGUAACUAUGGGACGGGAUCCAGGCAUAGGGAACUAGUUGUUUCAUAGCUCCCAGACAAGAAAAAAGUGUGAGAAGUUGAUGGGCAGCAAACCUGCUGUUUAACAUCAGGGUGGCCACACUGAGUCCAGCAUGCCAGUUGGCACCAGAUGAUAUGGACUUGGAAUGAGGCCAACAGGGUUCAUCAGGAUGUGAGAGGAGAGAGGAAUCCACAGGACCACCAGAGGGUAGAGGGAACCAGAUCUGCAGGUCAGAGAUAGAGGAAGUGGAACCAGAGAGCUGGGAGGGACCAAGGUUGUAAGGGUGGCUAAGUCCCACCAUAACAUCCAAGGGAACCUGGGAAAUGAUGGCUCAUUUCCACCCAACCCCAGGAUUUCCAGAGCACACAGCCACAGGCCUGGACCUGGGACGAAGAUGAAUGAAGAACAUGGACGCAUGUGGAUGUGGUUUGGCUCAGGUGUCUGCAGUUGGCAAGGAGUCAGUACUCAGUCCCUGAGUGUGGUUUAAGUUUGAGGUCCUGGCUGAGCCGAGGAGUAAUGGACCAGGUCUACCUCAGCAUUCAGGUUCAAUGGGGACACCAGUGGCUUCAAACUUCCUGGUCUCAUGAUGUCUUUAGACACCUUACAAAUGAUGGAGGAUUCCAAAGAGUUUUUGUUUAUUUGAGUUAAUAUUUGUUGGUAUUUAAGGCAUUGGAGAAUGAAACUAAGAAAUGUUGUAAUUUAUUACCUUUACAACAGUUAUUUAUAUUACAUACAUUUACAACAUUUAUUAAUUUAUAUUAAAGUAGCAUGAAUAAGCCAACUCUAGGUUAAUAUAAGUAGAAUGUUUGUGAAAAAAUAAGUAUGGUAUCCAAAGCAAAAUAAAUUUUAUUUAGAAGUGUGGCAUU